AUGACUAAAAAUCGUGUUCAAGGAGACAGGAUAAGUAUGAACCCCAGCGCAUUGCAGUACACCUAUAUGAAUAAUCAGGAUUUGCAUGCUCCUACUAAUGGAUAUUUCUCCCCUCAACCAACUCAUACUCCACCACUUAAUGAAUGUAAUCCGGAUAUUAGUGGACACUACAUGAAUGGAGCUAAUCCCCUAUCUGUUUCCAAUGAUGAUUAUUUCGUAGGCCCCUAUGGUGGACAUCCUGAAGCGCAUAUGAAUGUGGAGAAUUAUCCCAGUUACACUGCUUCUACACCGUUUGAUGGUACUACCACUGCUUCUUUCCAUGGAUCGUACAAUCAACUUUACUAUCCUCAUACUGCAAAUAAUAAUAAUACCAAUUAUUCCAAUGACUUCUCAACUCAUGGUGUUCCUCCUGAUGCUCAUAAUUCGGUUCUACCUACUCGCCAAGAGGAAUUAAUUGUUCAACCCACGUAUAUUCAUGGACAUCGUGGAUUACUUCAAGAUUCCAUCUCUCCUGGACUUCAAAAUACGAACCCUUCUAUCAGCCCAAAUGGUGGAAAUAUUGAGAGAAAUUCAACUGCAGGUACCAGUGAGAGUGGUCAAGGCAACCGUGGCUUAGGCAAUCGACGUAGGCCUAGAAGACCUCGUACUAUCUAUACCCCCAGCCAAUUGGAAAGUCUUAAUGCGAGCUUCAGACAAAAUGCUUACCUCAAUCUUUCCGCCCGUGCCGAACUGGCUAGCCGUCUUGGUCUAACUCAAACUCAAGUUAAAAUUUGGUUCCAAAACCAUCGCUCGAAAUUGAAAAAAAUGCAACGACUCAUGCAAGCCAGGUCUGAAGGAACCAGCACGCCAAAUUUCGAUGAGCCAAGGAUUUCAGACGGCGAUGAUGAGUUAAACUCUCGACCAAGUACAUCCCAUGCAAACAGUACGGAGUCUGUAAAUAGUGGAUAUAAUCGACCCCACCAGCUCCACAAGCGCAAAAACACCUGGAACAAUUCAGGACAGAGAAGUCCAGAAAUUUCCCCCAGAACCGCAAUGCAAGGGUAUAAUGUCCCCUACACAACGGCUUCACCAAAUGAAAAUCUACCCGGGGCUGCUAUUAAUCCCCAUCCCCACCAAACUGUGACUUACUAUACGUCUCCUGGAAUGAAUAAUUACAUGACAGCCUUCCAACGGGGUAACUUUGAAUGGCAGGCUGGGGCUUCAUCGAUGGGGGCAUCGAAUGCUGAAGCGAACCCCGCUUGGAAUGUCACGAAUACUGGAGCUUUCCCCCGAGGAGUCGAAUCUCAUUUAGCUACUGUCACAGCAACUGCAUAUGAGUGUACUCCACACUCGACAUCCCCACCUCAGAUGGUAUAUACGACUACUCAACCAUCUAUUAUGCAUCCUCAGUGGAGUGCUGCCAGGAAUACAACUGAAGAUCCACAGUAUCAAGCUCCGAUAUCCACUGAUACUUCAACGACCUACCUCUAUCCCCAGUCCCAAUUAGAAAACUCUGUAUGGCAGAGUCAAAAUGAAAUUCCAGAGGCGGAAUUUUAA